CAAAUCUCUCCUGAACACACCGACCAGGCAAACUCUCUCCCGCGCUACACUUACAACAUAAAGGGCAGAACAAGCAACUUUCAGCACCGAAGCCACCUCAGAUUGUGAAUCUCGUCGGUUCUGCAUUGAUCCGUAAAGGAGAGGGAGUGAAAAAGAGGACAAUUUGCAGCCCUGCUUGCAAACAAGUCCAAGUUGUUCAGAGACCGAGAUGCAAAGUACUGGUCAGCAGGGGUUGGAGGUGGAAAUAGACGUGGAGAGCUUGGAAGUGGAAGAUGAAGAUCUGGCCGAGUCCCCCGAGAGUGUGUCAGGCCAGAGGGAAGAUGGAUCGGCCGAGACCGGCAAGAAACAGAUGGGAGCCAACGGAGACCAGAGGAAACUGAGCCGAACUCCGAAAUGUGCCCGCUGUAGAAAUCAUGGGGUGGUGUCCUGCCUGAAGGGUCACAAGCGGUUCUGUCGGUGGAGGGACUGUCAGUGUGCCAACUGCCUGCUGGUUGUGGAGAGACAGAGGGUGAUGGCAGCUCAGGUGGCGCUCAGGAGGCAGCAGGCAACCGAGGAUAAGAAAGGAUUAUUGAGCAAACACAACCUGGCAGAACGCAGGGCCGUGUACCAGAGACACCUGAGGACGCCAAGCCUGCUGGCUAAGAGCAUUUUAGAAGGCUAUCGACCAGCCCAGAGUGACCCCUACAUGAGAGGAAGCCCACCCUUGCCCCCACCCGUUAGUGACCGGAUGCGAAAGAGGCGUGCUUUUGCUGAUAAGGAGUUGGAGAGCAUCAUGAUGGAGAGGGAGUACAAGGAGAGGGAGAUGAUUGAGGCUGCACAAGCUGCUGCCGCUUUCUUUCUUCCCAACGGCAUGGUGCACGCAGCCGAGUACAAUUCCUGCAAAUCCAAUUACACCGGCCCGCAGAUUGAUCGGCCCGCUAAAGAAUCCCAGCACUGCAACUUUAUCCCCUCCUGCCUUGACCUAACCAUGCAGUACUCGGGGUCGGACAGGGCAGUGGAACUCAUCUCUUCCAACGUCAGCGUGGCCACCACCUACCGCCAGUACCCGCUGACCCCUAGACUGAUGGUCUGGCCAAAGUGCGGUGGCAUCAGCGACGCCCUUCUCUAUCAGCAGUACCUGCUGAAUGCCAGUGGCACCAUCCAGAGUCUCAAACCGGCAGCUGUUUGGGACCCUAAGGGGAGUUCGGUGCCGGGAAGUCACUUGCCUAGCGAUGGCCGAGAAUCUCCUAAAAGACAAGCGCGGGAGAUGCAGCAUGAGCCGGGUGACUGCGAGGUGACGGCGCUGGAAAUGCCCUGUGAACGCUCGGCUUUCUCUCCGCCAAAGAAAGGCCCCUCGCAGCUUUCCGAGGGCAACCUGUCACCCCCGCUGCAGCCACCGAACAACCAGUGCACACAAAGAAAACUCUCACCCGCCGUUUUCCAGCGAAACUGAACUCGGGCCAACCCCUGCUGACACAACUCAGUGGCCACUAUGAGAAACCCACCUCCGAGCUGAAAGCUUUCAUCAGCAAAGACAUCCUCGAAGAGGCGGCCAGGAAGUACAGAGAGCACGCUAUUAAG